ACUAAGAAGUAGUUAGAAGCUAUUAGUUGUUGUGUUGCCCAGAUAGAGAUAAUCGAUAAUGGCUUUCUCUAGAGCUCUAGCUUCAUCUGUUGUGCUGGUAUUUCUCCUUUUCAGCUUCUCAGAAGCCAGAGAAAUCUUGGUUGGCGGCAAAACCGAUGCAUGGAAGAUCCCAUCUGAGUCCGUCUCCCUGAACCGAUGGGCCGAAGCAGCUCGUUUCCAAAUCGGUGACACACUGGUUUGGAAGUACGAUGCCAACAAGGAUUCCGUAUUGCGAGUGACGAAGGAGGCUUACUCCAGCUGCAACGUAUCGAGCCCCAUCGCUGAGUACAAGGAUGGCAACAGCAAGAUUGUGCUCGACCGGUCAGGGCCAUUCUAUUUCAUCAGCGGAGCCAAUGGACACUGUGAGAAGGGGCAAAAGCUGAUUGUGGUUGUGCUUUCUCCAAGAAGUAGGUUCAUUAGCUUUUCUCCGGCGCCAUCUCCGGCAGAAAUUGAGGGACCCGCUGUGGCUCCGACAAGCACUGCUACAAGCUUGAAGGGAGGGUUGAUGGUUGUACUUGGGAGCUUGGUGGGGAUGUUUUUGUUCUGAGAAGAGGAAUAGAUCAACUGGGUUUGGUGGGAAAUUUCAUGUUUCCAUCUUCAGGGGAUUAUUUAUUCAUUUAUUGGUUAUUUUUGUCGGGAAUUUUUUGGGUAUGAGUUUGUUACAGUUACUGAAAUUAUAAUAAGAUUCCUAUAGAUUGGAUUUA